AUUGGUGACAUCAUCAGAGUAGGAGAAGCUCAAGCAUGGCAAUCUCAAAUCAGUUUUCACUUUGCUUUUGUCUUGGGUUAACACUCUGGGUGCAGAACUCUCAGCCGGUGACAGUGUGUGAAGCAUUUCAUUGAAAAAAGGAAACUGAGGUUGCAUUUCUGAUUGUUUUUUUCUUUGUGAGUAACUCUUGUCCAGAAAACCCAAAAGAACACCCUUACUUUGUUUGUAAAGCGGGAACGGCUCCUCCUUGGUUAUACACAGGUAACAAUUUGUAACUCGGCACUCAGAUCAGUAUGGGAUGAAUCAGAAAGUGACGGCUCUUUGCUUAGGCUGAGAACAAACUUCUUUCACUCUUGUUGGUAACCAGUGCUUUAUGUGAAAGGCCUUUGAUUCCUGACUGCGGCUUAGAGUGAUGGAGGGUUAGAAGCAGUAUUGCAGGCCUAGCUGUUAGGCAUGCUGUUUGUGGAAGGGAAAAGUGAUGUAUAUGUAAUGUAUGAGGUAUGUUCGGGCUGAAAAUUUGGCUCUUACGAGUUACCCUGGCUUGUUACUGGGAAAGUGGCCAUGGAACUACCAGAGACCUGUGCGGAUCAUUCAAUAAUGCCCAUUCUAGGAGAGGAAAAUCAGCAUAUCAUUAACCGUAUUAAUACUGGUGCAUCCUGAGCAGCUGUUUUGCUGUAGUAAAUAAAUUUAACCAGCAGGAAUGCCAGGACAUUCCAGGUAUUUCCAGCAAGCACUAAACUUGUGCGUCUGUGGGUCAGAUCAGGUGGGGGCAGCUUCUUGGUUUCCAGUUGUUGAGGUAGUUGAGCUCUCAGGCAUAACGCCUUACUUUUAGCUUAAUGGCGGAAACUCUUGGGAAGUUGCUUGUGCUCACAGGAUGUUGUUAUCUCAGAGUAUCUGUCUUUGUUGCUAUGCCCAUAGCUGGCUAUGCAGUGACAGUCUGUAUUGUACAUGGGAGCACAAACUACAGCCUUCCGAGGCGCUUGAAGUGGGAAGAAAAGAUGAUUGUGAAGUAAGUGGAGUAAGUUUUGCACCAUUCCUGUCCUUGAUUUUGAUCAGCGCUGUUUUUUUUUUUUAAACAUCAUCCUUCCUAGGAAAAGCGAAAACUCGGGCAGUAAUUAUGUCGGAGUAUAUACUUUCCAGUCCUCAGUAAAACAUUUGUCUAGUAAAUGUGUGAAACACAAGCUCUGAGUUUCCUGCACCACGUCAACACAGAUGGGAGCGAUCCGGGGAAGGGCCUGUCAGCUUUCACUCAGCACAGGAAGGCACACCGGAGAGGAGAACUCAUUGAUGGUGCUUUCCCAAAAAAGAUCUGCACGUCUGUUUAAAUGCUUCACGUAAACUGAGAUGCUGUAUCAAGAACUAUAGCUGGGUUGCUGCUGGAGGGGCGCGCAGAAUGGCUAGAUUGAAGGUUUCCAUCCACAGAACAGUACACGGGACCUGAGUCCGCAGAGAGACCACUUUCGAUGUCCCGGCAUGAGACCUCUCCGACGACGGUGCAACCGGCUGGCGACGACCGCCCCAAUGCCUGCUGCUUCUGCUGGUGCUGCUGCUGCAGCUGCUCAUGGAACGAAGAUCGGGAGCGAGCAUGGCGGGCGUCCCGAGACACCAAACUGGAGACCAUUCCAAACUGUGAAGCUUGCCUCAAGCCAACUCCCGACGAAGUGCAGGGCUGGGCCCAGUCGUUCGACAAGCUGAUGAAGAACCCAGCGGGCAGGAACGUGUUCCGGGAAUUCUUACGGACUGAGUACAGCGAGGAGAACAUGCUCUUUUGGUUAGCAUGUGAGGAACUCAAAAACGAGUGCAACAAGCACACCAUUGACGAGAAGGCCAGGAUGAUCUAUGAGGACUACAUCUCCAUCCUCUCGCCCAAGGAGGUGAGCCUGGAUUCCCGGGUGCGCGAAGUCAUCAACAAGAAGAUGCAGGAGCCCUCGACGCACACCUUCGACGACGCACAGCUACAGAUCUACACCCUCAUGCACAGAGACUCCUAUCCCCGCUUCCUGAACUCUGCCAUAUAUAAGGCGCUGCUGCAGAGCAUCUCGCGGUCGUCCUCGGAGUCCUAAGCGCCUGCCAGCCUCAGCCCAUGGCAAUGCCACAAACACUUCUUUUUGUACACCGGUGUCGGGGGUGAUCCCUGAGCUCUGGCUCUGUCUGGGGCAGGUGGGGAGGCCUCUGGGGCCAGGGGCUGGAGCUCCUGCUCCGCUCACACCCCCUCACCAUCCACCUCCACUUUUUAGCUUUAGCAAUGAGCGUCAGCCAGGUUCCCCGGCCACUGGAAAACACUGUCACCUCUCAGCCCUGAACCAUGUCCCCCGUGCUGCUCCCCUACCGCCGCCGGUGCCCCCUGUGGGCGCUGCUGAAUCGGACCGGGCUGGCGCUGCCGUUCAGUUGUCAAACUCAGGCCUCACUUACUACUGAAUCCCCGUUGCUGUCGGGAGCAAGUGGGGGGGAAGGGGAUUGCUGGGGGGAAGGGGAACCCCAAGUGGCUGGACUCUGCUCCCCCCCGCCCCUGCUUUUGAAGAGGUCACUUUAUCCCCUCCCUGCUGCGCCCAGGGUCACGGCCGGGUCCUGUGUCUCGGUCUCCCAGCAGUCUUUUUGACGUUUUUAUUUUAAAUGCUUUUUGUUGGCUUAACGGGGGGCGGAUUUCACAAAGCUCGCCCUCCGUGUAAACACAGCCCAGGGUCAGGGUUACAUUGCCCUGCCUGUUAAACAGCUCAAGGGUUCGACCUGUGGCAGGGGCCAGGCCCAGUGCCCUGCCCUCGAUUUCCAGCCAUUCAAUAUUAGCACCUGAAUCAGCCUGCAGGAACCAGAGCUGGCAGCCUCCUUUCAGCACGCUGGGCAGGGAAUGUCCUGAGAGGGAGCAGGAGCUCUGAGCUCUGCGCCCGUCCUGGUCUCCCUCCUCCCUGUCGUCCCCCCAACCUAGUCCUCUUCAUGACUUGUUCCUGGGUAGGGUGACCAGACAGCACGUGUGAAAAAUCGGGACGGGGGCGGGGGGGGUCAUAGGAGCCUAAUAAGAAAAAGACCCUAAAAUCGGGACUAUGCUUAUAAAAUCGGGACAUCUGGUCACCCUAUUCCUGAGGCUGCCUCCAGGCCCUGAGAGCAGAGCAGGCCACCUGGCCCCUGCCCCGCCAAGCCACCUCCUGAGGUCGCAACCCAACGCGGUGGUUCCCAGCCAGCGGGGGCGCCUCGUCUUCAGCCCCCGCUGGAAACCAGGACUCGCUUGCCUGUGGGCCAGGGCUCAGGGAAGCUUGGGAGCCUGGGGAAAUGGCCUGGUGGAAUGUCGGCUCGGUCUUUGCAAGACAAAAUGUCCGAGGUUUGAAGUUUUCUGGAAAUUUUAAAAUGUUAAUUUUUUUCCCCUCCAUUCAGAACAAACUUUUUUUUUUUAAUUUUGUAUUUUCCCAGGGCACGGGAAUUGCAGGGGCCGAGUGGCUCUAUUGGGGAUACGGAAAAUGAUGUGGGGAAGCCCCACCCCUUUUCCUCCCAUCCCCCAGGGGCCUGGGCUCAAGCUACAGGAGGAGAACAGUGCACUGCAGAGGGAGAGUGGGGGUAAAGGAGAUGAGAAGUGGACAGGAGGGAGCUGAGAUGUCCUAGCCCCAAAGAAGCCAGCACGGCUUACUAGAACUAGGUUCAACUGGUUUCUCCUUUGGGCUUGGAUCUCUUCUCCUCCCCGCCUCCUGGCUCUGCGUGGCCCCUCUGUUUCCAGCUCAGAGGGCCUGAGGCAGGCGAGGGGGAAAGGGGAAGAGAAAUGCAGCGCUGUGUAGACACACAGACAGCUCCCUCAGGACACUGGACAAGCCGGGCCUGGGGCACAUGCACUGACCUUGCCAGCAGAGGCUGUGGGUGUUUGGGGCAGUGGCCAGAGAACAGCUUUGUGUCCCUGGGCCCAAAAGAGCCUGUCUGGGGGAUGCUGUUGUCUCCUCCAUACGCUCCUUCAAGGCUGGCCCUAGAGUUCCAGGCUGUCUCCAGGGCACGCGGUACUGAGCUCGGGCGACAGGGGUGAACAAUGGGUAAACAAGAGGGAAGGAGACCACUGUGCCCUGGAGACCCAGCCGGAAGAGCUCGGGUGCCAUCUCAGCUGUGGCCCAUAGCGUGAUCAUGGAAGACAUAGAGGGAAACAUCAGCUGGGGGGUGGGGAUCAGGCAGCAGCCCCCUGUUCCAGCAUCAUCCCAGCUCUCCACUGGUCAGGGCCAGGUAU